CGGCUCGAGCUCGGCCGGUGAUCUGCGGGGGCUCCGGAUAGCGCUCGGCCCCCAGCUUUCCGCCCGCGGCAGUGCGCGCCCCGCACCCGCACUCCCCGCACCCGCGCUCGGCCCCGCGGAGGACGGCCAUGCCGCCGCGGCGCAGCAUCGUGGAGGUGAAGGUGCUGGACGUGCAGAAGCGGCGGGUGCCCAACAAGCAUUAUGUCUAUAUCAUCCGGGUUACAUGGUCCAGCGGCUCCACGGAGGCCAUUUACCGGCGCUACAGCAAGUUCUUUGACCUCCAGAUGCAGAUGUUGGACAAAUUUCCCAUGGAAGGAGGACAGAAGGAUCCCAAACAGCGGAUCAUUCCCUUUCUGCCAGGCAAAAUUCUCUUCCGUCGGAGCCACAUCCGGGACGUGGCCGUCAAACGCCUCAUACCAAUCGAUGAGUACUGUAAGGCCCUGAUCCAGCUGCCCCCCUAUAUCUCUCAGUGUGAUGAGGUGCUGCAGUUCUUCGAGACAAGACCCGAGGACCUGAAUCCCCCGAAAGAGGAGCAUGUUGGGAAAAAGAAAUCCGGGGGUGACCUGACCUCGGUGGACCCCAUGGUCCUGGAGCAGUAUGUGGUGGUGGCAGACUACCAGAAGCAGGAGAGCUCGGAGAUCAGCCUCAGCGUGGGGCAGGUGGUGGACAUCAUCGAGAAGAACGAGUCAGGUUGGUGGUUCGUCAGCACUGCCGAAGAGCAAGGCUGGGUCCCCGCAACCUGCCUGGAAGGGCAGGACGGUAUGCAGGAUGAGUUUUCCCUUCAGCCCGAAGAAGAGGAGAAGUACACAGUCAUCUACCCGUAUACAGCUCGCGACCAGGAUGAAAUGAAUCUAGAGAGAGGGGCUGUGGUGGAGGUCAUCCAGAAAAACCUGGAAGGCUGGUGGAAGAUCAGGUACCAGGGCAGAGAGGGCUGGGCCCCAGCCUCCUACCUGAAGAAGAACAGUGGGGAGCCCUUACCCCCGAAGCUGGGCCCUGGCUCCUCAGCCCACACCGGCAUCCCCGACCUGGACGGAGUUUCCCGGCAGCAGAGCUCAGUGGGCCGGGACAGGGAGCUGCUCAACAACCAGAGGGACGGCCGAUUUGAAGGCCGCCCGGUGCCCGACGGCGACAUCAAGCAGAGAUCGCCCAAGAUGAGGCAGAGACCGCCUCCUCGCCGGGAUAUGACCAUACCUCGUGGUCUCAACCUGCCCAAGCCUCCCAUUCCACCCCAGGUGGAGGAAGAGUAUUACACCAUUGCUGAAUUCCAGACAACCAUCCCUGAUGGCAUCAGCUUCCAGGCAGGUCUGAAGGUCGAGGUGAUCGAGAAAAACUUGAGCGGCUGGUGGUACAUUCAGAUUGAAGAUAAGGAAGGAUGGGCCCCAGCAACCUUCAUUGACAAGUAUAAGAAGACCAGCAAUGCCUCAAGACCCAACUUUCUGGCUCCACUGCCCAACGAGGUGACCCAGCUCCAUCCGGGGGAUGCAGCAGCCAUGGAGAACAACACGGGCAGCGAGGCCAUCGGCCCCUCCCGGCCCCUGCCCGAUGCACCACACGGUGCUAUGGACUCCGGGAUGCCGUGGUCCAAAGAGUGGAAGGGUGGCAAGGAGGCCCUGAGGAAGGCCUCUUCCGACAUGUCCUCAUGUGCCGGCUACGAAGAGAUCUCAAGCCCCGACCUGGAGGAGAAGCCCAGCCUCCCUCCCCGUAAAGAAUCCAUCAUCAAGUCAGAAGGGGAGCUGCAGGAGAGGGAGCGGCAGAGGAUGGAACAGCUCAGGGGCUCCUCACCCAAACCUCCGGGCAUGAUUUUGCCAAUGAUUCCAGCUAAACACACCGCCCCAGCCCGGGACAGCAGGAGACCAGAGCCCAAACCUGACAAAAGCAAGUUGUUCCAGCUGAAAAAUGAGAUGGGGCUGGAGUGUGGCCACAAGGUAUUGGCCAAGGAGGUGAAGAAGCCCAACCUCCGACCCAUCUCCAAAUCCAAAGCUGACCCAUCAGAGGAGAAGACAGAAGUUAUUCCCCAAAAUCCCUUCUUGAAGUCCAAACCUCAGGUUAGGCCCAAACCAGCUCCUUCCCCCAGGACAGAGCCACCUCAGGGUGAAGAUCAAGUGGACAUCUGCAACCUCAGGAGCAAGCUGAGGCCUGCCAAGUCCCAAGAGAAGCCCUUACUGGAUGGAGAGAGCAGCCACCAGGCUGCCGGGGGCCAAGAUGUGGCCUUCAGCCGGAGUUUCCUCCCAGGUGACGGGCCUGGCCACACCCAGGACAGGACGGGCAAACAGGAUGGGCUCAGCCCAAAGGAGAUGUCCUGCAGAGCCCCUCCAAGGCCAGCCAAGACCACAGAUCCUGUGCCUAAGAGUGUGCCUGCCCCUCUCCAAGAGGCUCCCCCGCAGAGACCUGUGGUCCUGCCCCGGAGACCACCACCCCCCAAGAAAACCUCCUCAUCCUCCAGGCCCCUCCCAGAGGUCAGAGGGCCACAGCGGGAAGCCAAUGAAGGCAAGGCAGCUCCUGCCCCAGGCCGGGCCCUGCUGGUCCCUCCUAAAGCCAAACCUUUUCUUUCCAACUCCUCAGGCGGCCAAGAUGACAUACGAGGCAAAGGUGGUCUGGGACCACGGAUGGUGGGCAAGAUUGGAGACAACAGGGAGAAAGUAGCUGCAAGCCCCAUCCCCAACGCUGAUGGCCCGAAGGAUUCUUUAUACGUGGCGGUGGCCAACUUUGAAGGAGACGGAGAUACCAGCAGCUUCCAGGAGGGGACGGUGUUCGAGGUCCGGGAAAAGAACAGCAGUGGCUGGUGGUUCUGCCAGGUCCUGAGCGGGGCCCCUUCCUGGGAAGGGUGGAUUCCUUCCAACUAUCUCAAAAAGAAGCCGUAGCCGCCUCCUUCCCUGCCUGGCGGUCCCGCGAAUCCCUGCUGGCUUUACCCACGUAUUUAAUAUGCCUCUUAAUUUAUCAUCCUUCACGCAGCUUCAAAGGAAGGCAGACUCUGGGGUACUGUGGUUUCUUCCCUCCCUUGGGUGGAGAGGAGU